AUGGAAAAAACUACAGAAAAGCUUCCAACAAUUAUAAUUGUUGGAGCAGGUAUAGGUGGACUUACUUUUUAUCAUUCAGUUCGAAAACAUCUUGGACAAAAAUUUAAAGUUAAAAUAUUCGAACGUGAGUCUAGUCCUCAAGGUUAUAAUAUUUACGUUAAUAGAAAGGGAGUUACCUCUUUAUUUUAUUGCACACCACCAGAAGUUCAAAUCCGUUUUCCUGAAGCAAUGCCAGAUCCAGUCCCUAAGGAGCAACAUUCUAUAUCGAUGAUUGACCAUGUAGGAAGACAAUUGAUUUGUCUACCACAACGCAACCCUAAAACCGUUUAUGAAAUAGAAAGUAUUAAACAUGAUUAUGCUGGAUUAGUUUCAUAUCGUAAUAGAUUACGAGAUAUUUUAUUAGAAGGGGUUGAUAUUCAAUGGGGUAAAAAAUGUGUCGGAUAUGAAGAAAGUGAUGACGGAGUUCCCGAAUUAAAAAUUCUCGAUCUUGAGGUAACUAGUAUCGACGUAGAUAUCGCAGUACCAAAAGAUUAUGCCGAAAGAUUGAUGUCUUUCUAUGCAAAUUGCUUAGUACAAAAAUCACUUGGUCAAUAUGGAGAUUCAUUUUUUUCAAUGUUACGCCUUAUCCCAAUCGAUAAAUCCGAUGAACCAAAAUAUAGAGUUACCUUUGGAUAUAGUUAUCCAACAAAUCUUGAUAUCAAAGAAAAUAUAAAAAUUGAUGAUAAUGAUCCAAAAUCUGUUAUAAACCAUGCAAUGUUAAGAAUUAAACAAUUACGAUCACCUUGUGAAUUAACAGAUUUAAUGAUUAAAAUAUUAUCAUUGGUUCCAUUAUCUCAACCAGAUGACAAUUAUCCAUUUAAAACAUAUAAUCCUCCACGACGUCGUCAACUUCGUGAUAUUAAUCCAUUAUCUGUUCCUCCAUGGAAAGAUGAUAGAAUCGUUUUAUUGGGUGAUGCUGCUCAUGCUAUGAAUCCACUGUUAGGAUUAGAUGCCGACUUGUUGACCAAGGAAUUACUUAAUUAUGAGAAUGACAAUUUAGUCUCAUGUAUUAAACGAUAUAAUGAACAAAUGCGAGCUCGAUCAUCUAAAGAUGUUAUGGCAUCACGUAGCAUAGUAAUAAAACAACGAGACCCGGUGGGAACU